AUGGGAAAUUUUGUAACGACAGGUUCUAGGGUUUCUGAAAACGGAGAGCGAGCUGUUUUGGGUGAUUUGAAAGAUGGUGCUGAUGAAAAGUUGAUGGAUAUUGUUAAUGACUCUGGACCAAUGGAAGAUUGUUUUAUGAGUGAAGGAGCUUCUUCGUUGCUGAACAUGAAGCAAGAAGAAGAGAAUGGGUUUCAUGUUGGAGACUUUGUGUGGGUAGAACAAGUCAACAGUUGUCAUCAAUGGUGGCCUGGGAAAAUUUAUGAUUCUUCAGAUGCUUCAGACUUGGCUUUGAAGAAUAUGCACAAUGGUAAAUUACUCGUGGCGUAUUUCGGGAAUGGGGACUUUGAUUGGUGCAAUCCGUCGCAGUUGAAACCGUUUCUUGAGAAUUUCAAAGAGUUUUCGAAGAUUAGCGAUUCCACAAGCUUUCUCAGAGCUGUGAAAGAAGCUGUUGGAGAGAUUGGUGAACGCGUUGAGCGUUUGUUGGUUUGUGAUGAAGAAGCUUUGGUUAGUCCUUUAGUUGUGAAUUCUGGAAUAAAGGAAGGUGUUGUUGUGCCUGAUGUUAGAAGAGAGGUUGUGUUGUCUUUGGUUCUUGAAAAAUCUGGAAUAUUUCUUGGAGAUGUUAAAAGCCUUGCAAAGACUGUUAGGUUUAAUGAUUUGCUAGAGAUUGAGGUUUUGAAGAGGAAAAUAUCGGCCUUUUAUCGGUCUAAAGGACGGUUUGAUUUAGCUAAGUACGAUGAGUAUGGAUACAUCAUCGGACUUGAACACAAAGAGGAUGAAGAUUCGCUGAGUUUUGACAAGUCUUCAUGCCAGAGAUCAUUGAAAAGGUGUUCAGAUUCUGCUAGGAAAAAGAGAAAGUGUAGUGAUGAUGCUAAUCUUGGUGAUGUAGCAACGACGGGUUCGACUACUUUGAGGAGAAGAGUGAGUGAAAUCUCUAAGAUUGAAAACGCUUGUCUCAAGCAAAUGGAAGAAGCUAGUAAUGGGAAGAAUCAGGAAAGGGUUUUGUCGCCGAGGAAGAGGAAGAACAAAAGGUUUUUGGAUGAUGAUAAUGGGAUUGAGAAAAGAGAAGAGUCAAACGACUCAAACCAUUUAGAAGCGAGUGAGAAGAAAGAGGAUUCUUCUGGUAUGGAAAGAGUUGUUGAGUUAUCAACUCCAUUGGUUUCACUCUGCAAAAGGGUCAAGGUUGAUGUUUCUCCAAGUGUUGAAAGUAACAAUGGAAAUGGUGAGACCAUCUUGCAAACAGGUAAAAGAGAGAGGAAGAAAAGCAAGUAUCUUUCUCCUGAAUACCUUACAGAUUUUAGUUUGAGAGCGAGAAAGAGUAAGAUAGAAUCUGAAUCAAGCCAGAUCCGAGCAGCAGAGCGAAUGACGAAGAAUUCUCCUGAAAAAGCCAUCGAUUUUGCGAGAUUGGGAACUACCACACCAGAGGAAAUGCUGGAUCUGAUCCGCGCAGCUGCUCUUGGUAUGCAGUAUUUAAAAGACUAUAAUAGCUCGUGUGACAUGAUAAAAGAGUUUGUGUCCAAUUAUCGAAGCUUUGCAUACAAUGGUGGGGACUAUAACAAGAGAGACAUUUCAGAUGAAAUGAAGCAGCAAGAGGUGGAUGAGAAAGAGCAAACUGGAAAUGAACCGAGUGAGACAGUGUUGAAGAACAAGAGAGAAGAAUCUGAGAAGCAAAUUUCAGGUGUUGAGCUGUUUAUUACAACUGAUCUUGGUUCUACUCUUCCUUCAAAAGAUGAUUUGAUUCAAACAUACAAAAAGUUUGGAGCUUUGGACAAAGAGAGAAGCUAUAUGUUCAACAACAACUCUUGCGCAAACAUUGUCUUCUCGAAUGUAUCUGAUGGAGAAGAAGCGUUUUACAAGUCGUUAGAAGAAUGUCCAUUUGUUACUACUACUUCCAGAGUUACAUUCAAGCUUAAGUAUCUUUCUUCUGAUUCACUAGAAAACCCUAAUGAGAAGAAUGAAACCGAAACCAGAAAAGGCGUAAUGGAAAUCGAGUUUUUGAAAGAGAAGCUUGAAGAGAUGAGAUCAUUGCUGGAUCAAUCAGAAGGAGUGAUUACAGAAGAAUUGAAGAUCAAACUUGAAGAUGAAUCUAGAAACUUGCUGGACAAGGUAAGCAAGAUUAGUGUUCCUGCGUCUUAG